AUGGACACAAAUAACAACAGACCGAGCCCAUUUCCGAUACCGCCGAGAUCGCCCAACCCAGCUCCUGUCAAACAAGAAAGAUCAAACUCACUUUUCUCAAACUACAAAGCGUCCAAGUCAGGCACGCAUUUCCCUGUUAGCGAAAGUUCGAUAAGACAGGUGUCGGAGAGUUCGUCGGUGCCGACAAGUUCGGCGCAGGUGUAUCAGUACAGACAAUCGCCAGGAUCGUCGCCGAACCUUAGCAAGUCCCUGGAAAACGUUAGCAUAUCGAGCGGCAUAACCUCGAACGACCCCGAGCGCUUUGAGCCGCGCAACGGCUCAGCCAACAGCACCGCAAAGCGGUCCAACACAAAGAAUCGCUUCGGCAUCUUGCGCUCGCGGUCUAUGCGAACGGAAGAUAUGCUCCAGCCUCCCACCAAAUCCUCCACUCCCCCCCGUCUCCCCUCAGACACCGAGCCCAAACACGGCAAAAAACACUCUGACUCGAACGGUUCGAAAACCGCCCCACUUGACAAGGACAGAUCGCUUCGCGACAAGAAGUCCAACGCGUCCCGCAAUCGGUCGGCAGAUCGCUACGGAGAUUCCGAGGAGCCCGAGCGUCCCGGAACCCGUCGUGAAAAGAAAGACCCUUUCUCAUUCUCCUCCUCUUUUAAGGAAAACCCAGGCGCCGCAUUCCUGAACAACAUGCGCGGCAACUCGACCAAGGUCGCCGACGGCAUCGGCAAAGCCGGCAAGAGCUUCUUCGGAAAGCUCACACGUAGCGGAAGCUCUCAUGAGCGCGAGCCGGCCACCGCGGUCGAGGAGAACUAUCAGUGCAAGGUCAUAAAUCUUCCUUUGGUCGAGCAGACGCGCGUCACCAGAAUCUCAAAGAGGCUCGCGGCGUCCAAGGAUAAGACCGAGUUUUGGAUGCCAGCGCUGCCGUGGCGCUGCAUCGAUUACCUGAAUAUGAACGGCUGCGAAGAAGAGGGACUCUACAGAGUUCCCGGAAGCGGCAAAGACGUCAAGUAUUGGCAGAUGCGUUUUGACAAAGAGUACGAUAUCAACCUCUUUGAUGAGCCUAACCUUUACGACAUCAACAUCGUAGGUUCCAUGUUCAAGGCCUGGCUUCGCGAUCUUCCGGACGAGAUAUUCCCCAAGGCGACCCAGCAUCGUAUCCAGGAACAAUGCCGCGAUGCCAAAUCCACGCCGCAGCUACUUAAGGACGAACUUUCGAAGCUCCCGCCCUUCAACUAUUAUCUGCUGUUCGCCAUCACGUGCCAUAUCAGUCUCCUUCAUUCUUGUUCAGAGAAGAACAAGAUGGACUACCGCAACCUCUGCAUCUGCUUUCAGCCAUGCAUGAAGAUCGAGGGAUUCUGCUUCCAGUUCCUCAUACUGGACUGGCGCAAUUGUUGGCAAGGAUGCUGGACGGAGAAGGAGUAUUUGGAGAGGGAAAUGCAGGUACUCGAGCCGUCGUCCAACCCUCCGCCGCCAUCGUCUCACGGUACCCUCGCCAGCAAUAGUCAGAUGGGUGACGAGCGCGCUGUCUCGUCUGGCAGCAGCAAACCCUCCACGCUGAACAGCUCCACGCCCGAGAGAACCCGCCCUCCCGCAGAUGGCAGCAGCAGCAGCACCCACGAACGCGAAGAUCAGAACGUUCUGCUCGCGCGCAGCAAGAGCUUCCGUCACUUUCUCCGAUGA